AUGGCUGCCGCUAGACGUUGCGCGCGCCUCCUUGCAUCGUUCCUCCCCGCUCCCUCCCACGCGGGAUGCGUGCCGCACCGUGCCGCGAAUCUAGCUUCAGCCAGGCCUACAUGUUUAGCGACAGUCGCAUCUUUGUCGGAGAGAGCGUCGGCUGAGUCGCAGCCGUGCGUGCCGGCGCCUCUCGGCGGCCCCGCCGCACGCACUUCCCGCCAUCUCGCGCUCCCCCCUUCCGGCUUGACCCCCGCAGCGUCGCGGUUCCGCGUCGAGUCUUUCGCAGUCGCGGAUCUGCUCUGCGCAAUCCACGCGCCUUCGCCCGCCUUCUCUUCCGCCAGUCAGCGCAUCGACUCCGCUCCGCCGCAGCAUCUUUCCGCCGACGCCCCUAGCGCCACCCCGGCGGAAGGAUCGGACGGCGCGCGCAGCGCUCCGCUGGCGGCGUGCGAAAGCGGCGGCGACGAGGAGGACGACCCGAUUUUAGCUCGGCGCGAGGCGGAUCGCGCGCCGGACAGGGCGCGGAGCGCGCCCGACGACGAUCCGAUACGAUCAGACGCAGAUGGCGGCGGGGAAGCUUCGAACGCCGUGGAUGGCGGGCGUAAGCAGCGACCCCCGCCCGAGUCCGUGGGGGAACAUGGAGGGCCGAGCGGUCCCGAGCCGACGAGAUACGGGGACUGGGAGAAGGGUGGCAGAUGCAUCGACUUCUAG